AUGAGCGUGUUCUUGGGCCAUCAUAGAAACAUAGAUAGGGUCGAAAACGGAACGAAAAACGAAACUUUACGACAGCUUUUUCGUACACGUUCACUUGCAUCACAUACACAAGUGCUCUCUGAACCGUGCAAUAAGCUUUUUAGGUUAUGCAAUAGAAGGGAGGCAACGCUCUGGGCUUGCAGAAAUGAAUGGAUCAGAAAGAAGGGGGCUGGAUUCAAUUUCCAGGCCGGGCGGGAGGUGAAGACCAUAAGAGAAGAUUGCCCUCCCGGCAAGGAAGAGAGGAAAAAGGCGCUUUCUCAAAGCAGAGGAGGAAGGGUGGGCAGAAGGUACCACGAGCCCUCUGUCCCACACAUCUAUCCAGAAGCAAGUGUAGUUCACCGGUUCCACCGAAUGCUCCUAUCUCUCGGCAAAGAUCGUGUGAGUGUGCAGUUAUGCUUCGGAUGCUUCGCAAUAGAUCGACCCAGUUCCCGUUCUUUUCCGGUGCACUCGCUUUAUAUCUCCGAUACACAAGGAAGGACGCGGUGGGAAGGAAGCAGCCCUAGCCUCUGUCCGGCCGAUCAUUCCGCUGGCAUCUUGCAUUCACGCCUCCGUUUGACUGCCGCUCGGGGAUGUAGUUGUAGAUACGUUAGUCAACGUGGGUCGUUAGCUCCACCUGUUCUCUCCUUCUACGACAUGCUGUUGUUGUCGUCAUAUUCCAUAUGUCACUUAGUCAUCUCUGCCUCGCUGCGGGUCAGCACCUCCGAAAGAAACGGAGGACUUCAUUCAGUGACUCCGCGAUCGCCCUCUGAACGAUCAGAAUAA